AUGCUUCGUGCACUUACUAAAAUAACAGUAACUGGUGGUACCUGUCGAUUUUUUAUUGCACAGGCAUGUUCAUAUUUAUUUAUGUGUUCUGAAUAUUUAUAUUAUUAUUAUUGUGGUCCUAUGGUGCCUGAUGCUCUUAUUAAAAUAAAAAAUGAACUUGAUCCAACAUUAGCUUUUCGUCGUUCAUGUCGUGAAGGUAUUUGUGGAAGUUGCUCAAUGAAUAUUGAUGGUCGUAAUACACUUGCUUGCAUUUGUAAGAUCGAUGAUUCCAAUAAGCCAUUAAAAAUUCAUCCACUUCCACAUAUGUAUGUUAUUAAGGAUCUUGUUCCUGAUGGUAUGUAUGAAUGUAUUCUUUGUGCCUGUUGUUCAACAUCAUGUCCAAGUUAUUGGUGGAAUGCUGAUGAAUAUCUUGGACCAGCUGUUCUUAUGCAAGCUUAUAAAUGGAUUGUUGAUUCACGUGAUGAAUAUACAAAAGAACGAUUAGAACAAUUUCGUGAUCCAUUUACAUUGUAUCGUUGUCAUACAAUUAUGAAUUGUACGGAAGCUUGUCCAAAGGGUUUAAAUCCUGGAAAAGCUAUUGGUGAAUUAAAAGUUUUAUUGGCUAAUAUGGGAACUAUGCCAUCGAAAAACUCGUCAACUGUUGGUACAGAAUAUAAAUAA